ACAACCAAUUAUCUGAGCGCCGACCUCUAACCAACUGCAAUGCAAGACGAGCUAAUCGAUCACGUGGAGUAUUUCUGUUACUAUCCAGGCAAUGUCUCCUGCACAAAAGCAGUUCGAACACCUUCAGUUUCUCUGCUACUUUACAUUCUGGCGGGCGUUUUGGUAGUAGUAACAUUUUGUGGAAAUUUUGUGGUAAUUAUUUCUAUAUCUCAUUUCAAUCAACUUCAUACACCAACAAAUCUCCUAAUUCUGUCUUUGGCCGUAGCAGAUUUUUUUGUUGGUGUUUUUAUUAUGCCCAUCAUCAUCAUUCAGUCCAUAGAAACAUGCUGGUACUUUGGUAAGCUAUUUUGCUAUAUAUACACAUUCUUCAUUGUUCUUUUAACUACAGUUUCAAUGAUUAAUUUGGCUAUGAUUGCUAUUGACCGAUACAUCGCUAUUUGCCAUCCAUUAACAUAUUCAAAUAAAAUAACGGUUCAGAUCGGCGCUACUGCUGUUGCAGCAAUCUGGAUUUCAAGCGCCACAUAUAGUGGUACAAUGAUGCUUUCUGGUGGAAAUACUGAAGGAGUUAUUGGAGUAGAUCCUUGUCCAGGUGACUGUGCUCUUGUGUUCAAUUCUACAUGGGCUACGAUAGAUCUUAUAUUUUCGUUUCUUCUACCAGUUUUUAUAAUGGUAACUCUUUAUUCGAAGAUUUUUCUAAUUGCAAAACGGCAUGCGAAAACAAUUUCUACUCAGCAAAGGAGCUCUUUAGGAAAGAAUAAGAAUAUUUCUAAAAAAUCGGAAAGAAAGGCAGCAAAAACGUUAGGUAUAGUGGUCACUGUUUUUAUUCUGUGUUGGCUACCAUUCUACGUGUGUUCUCUCCUUAAUCAGUUCAUGAAUUUUGCUGUGUCUUCUGUAGUAGCCUGGGCGUGCUUAUGGAUAGGAUAUAUUAACUCUGGUCUUAAUCCAAUCAUAUAUGCUCUGUUUUACCCCUGGUUUAGAAAAUCAUUUAAACUUUUAAUAACGUGUAAAAUAUGCAAUCCGGGAUCAUCUCUGAUCAGUUUAAUGAGUGAGCAUUAAAUGUUGAUUCCCUUAUUGUUCUGUAUUGAAAUUAUUUUUAAAGUUUCUGAUUGAUAUAUUGAUUUUUUUUCAUUCAAUAUUGUUACCAUAACGCUUCUUUGUAUUUGCUUGUUUUGGAGGUCUUCAAUUGAAACACCGAAUACACGCAUUUCAUAAUAUUUUGUAUAUACAGUAUAUACGAUUUACACAGAAGAGUUUCCUCACCUAAAUAGAAACUCAAAUCAUUUUAAAUGAAAUGUGAAAAUGAAAAAUAUUUUAAAAGUUCGUCUUGUCUUUCGUGGUGAGAAUCGACAUAAAUUCAGUUUCUUUCAAUAACUGUUUACUCGUAAAUACUUGUAACUAGUAUUUAAACGGAAUGUAA